UGAAAAAAAAGGACCUCGGAACAUUUUUGCCCUGGUUUCGAGGAGCAGCGAACUCGAACUCAAAAGCCAUGGACUCAAAGGCUUAUGUCCCUCUUUUCACAACAAAAGCGGACCCACGUAAGUGCGCGCUUUCCAGUUCAUCGUCCGCGUCGACAGGUACUCUCCCUAUCCGAGCUCCUCCUACAAUUGAUUCUGAUUCUGAAUCUAUUGGUGACAAAACUUCCAGUACCAGUAGUAGUGGUGAUGGUGAUUACAAUGGGUGUGAGUCGUAUGAAGCCUUUCUGAUUGGGGAGGAGUUCGAGAUGGCGUCGGAGAGGCCGUGGGUGGCGGACCCAGAUGAGGAAGCCAUAGACAGUGAAAGUUUCGAACUUUCCAGACCUUUUGUGGCAGACCCAGAUAGGAAAAGCUUGGGGAAUUCUAUUGAAAAUGGGGACGAGAGCGGUAAUCUUGUGCGUGAAUAUGGCCCUGUUGUUGAACCGAUUUUGGUGGACAAUCUGAACUUGAACCGGGUCAUGCCCAAAGCCCAGUUGUCUGUGGACGAUGACGAGGAGGAGGAAAUGGUGAGUGCAGAUGGUGAAGAUAGUGAGUUUUCAGGUACAGUGAGGGUUCCGGGUAUUGAUGUGUUGGGGAAGAUUGGUGGUGCUCCUACUGUCAAGGCAUUAGGUGUUGACGAGGAUGAGUUAGUGGAGUGGAGGGAUUCUUUAAUUGUUAAACAAUAUGAGCCUGCAAUAAGCAUCAAGGUUGUGGAAGCUGGGGUGUCAGAUGAAUCUGUUGAAGCCCAAUUUGGGAUUUUGGGUGCGAGAGAAGAGAGGGCAUUGAAGGAGUCUGGUGAGGAUUCUGUAUUGGCCGAGGUGAUUGAAGACAUGGGUCCUGAUGUUGUCGAGAUGUCUAAUGUUGAGUCUUUGAUAGCAAAUGGGGAGUAUGUAUUGGAGGAAAGUCAGAAGCUCAAUGAGGAUGUUGUGCAUUCUGGUGAAGAAAAAGGAGUAGACAAGGAAGGGAUUGAAUUGGGAAUGAAUGAAGGGCAGCGAGAGACCGUGGAAUAUAGUGAGAAUGGUGCUGUAACCAUGAAAUCGUCAACCCAAAGAGAACCAUUGGCAGAUGCUGAUGAGGCCAAUGAAGCGAGGGAAGAAACUUUUAUUAUGGUUAAUGAAACUGAUGCUGUUAGUUCAGAUACUGAAGAAUGUAUUGAUUUGGAUUUAUUUGAUGGAAAUGGUAGUCUCACUCGGCUCGAGAAGCAGAGUUCUGUGACAAAUGGUUUUGUUUCAAGGGAAGUGGAGACAGUAAUUGGAGCCUAUAAGAAUCUAGAAAGCAAAAUGGGGUCAGGUAUUGAUUUGGGAGUUGGAUCCAGUGAUUUCAUAACUUGUACCCAAGUUGAACUUAGCGAUGCACCCAAGGGAAAUGAGUACAGUGAUUCUCAUUCCGCCGGAUCCAUGACAAUGAGUUCCAGUGUGGCCAAUAAUGUAAAACGGCAUAAAAAAGAUGAAGCAAAUUUUGAUGCAUGCACAAUACAAGGAGCAGCAGAAGGGAAUGAAGGUUCACUGUCUGUCGAAGAUCCUCAAGGUUUGAUUUUGGGAAGCUAUGAAACAUUCAAGAGUUUGAUGCAUGAAUGUGAGAAGAGGCAAAAUUCUUCGUUUCUUUUUGAUGCAGAGGGUUCUCGGGAUCAUUCACAGAGAGUUGGUGGGCAGAUUGGCAUUGACUCAGACAAGGAGGUGGACGGAGAUGGGGAUGGUGAAUGCAAGCAAUUAUUUGAUUAUGCUGAAUUAGAGGCUUUUCUGAAAGCAGUAACUGUUGCUAACUCAGAGGAGCGUCCCACUGGUUUAGGUUCCUCAUUCCAUUCUAUGAGACCUUCGUCAAGAUUGAAUCGCCCAAAUUUUUUUUAUUCAGACCUUAGAUCCAGAGAUGAUUUUGAGGACAACCUAAGUGAAAAAGAAAUGAAGAAGACAGAGAAAAUACAACUCAUAAGAGUGAAGUUCUUGAGGCUAGUACAGAGGCUUGGCAUUUCUCUUGAAGAUUCCCGAGUUUCAAGAGUGCUAUACAGGUUGGCCCUGGAUACAAGGAAGCACUCCAGUCAAAUAUCUAGCCUCGAAUCAGCAGCAAAGAGGCUGGCUAUGCAACUUGAAGCAGAGGGUAAAGAUGAUUUAGACUUCUCGUUAAAUAUUGUGGUUAUGGGCAAAUGUGGUGUGGGGAAGAGUGCAACCAUUAAUUCCAUCUUUGAUGAGGAAAAGGCUAUAAUUGGUGCAUUUGAGCCUGCCACAACAACUGUGAAAGAGAUAGUCGGAACAAUAGAUGGUGUCAGGAUAAGAUUGCUUGACACACCAGGUCUUAGGUCUUCUUCAAGGGAACAAUCUAUCAAUUUAAAAAUAUUAGCAUCGAUCAAGAAAUUUUCGAGGAAAUUCCCUCCAGACAUUGUCCUCUAUGUUGAUCGUUUGGACACCAGCCAGAUUGGAGAUCUUAUUGAUUUUCCUUUGUUGAAGUCAAUUACUCUUUCUCUUGGUUCAUCAAUAUGGCUAAAUGCUGUUGUCACUCUGACUCACGCUGCUUCUGCUCCCUCAGAUGGACAAUCUGGGUUGCCCCUAGACUAUGAUAAAUUUGUUUCUGAACAAUUCAAUGCUAUUCAGCAGUCCAUCAAUCAGGCAGUUGGUGAUCUGGGUCCAAUGAAUCCAGGUCGCAUACAUCCCGUAUGCCUAGUUGAGAACCAUCCAUCGUGUCAAGAGAACAGUUUUGGACAACGUGUGCUUCCCAAUGGACUUAUUUGGAGACCCCAUUUAUUAUUAAUGUUCUACUCGAUAAAGAUCUUAUCUGAAGCAAAUCCUAUAUCAAUCCCAUCUCCAACAGACUUGUUGGCUUCCCUUCUGCAGCUAUAUGCUCAUCCAAAACUUUCUGGUAAUCUAGGAGGGGACGAAAUGUACUCAGAUAUCAAGUUGGCGAAUUUAUUGGACUCCAAGGAAGAAAAUGAGUAUGACCAGAUUCCACCAUUCAUGCCUCUGAGGAAAUCUCAGGUUGCUGAGCUCAGCAAGAAACAAAGAAAAGCUUACUUGGAGGAGUAUGAGUAUCGGGUAAAACUCUUUCAAAAGGAGCAGUUGAAAAGGUCGAGGGAGAUAAAGAAGAAACGCAGAGAUGGUGGCAAAAAUUACGCUGUAGGGCAUGACCACUCCACAUUUGGUCUUUCUCUGGUGCAAGCGGCGGGUGACAUGUCUCUCAAGGCCAAUCUACGGUCUGAAUUCUCAAUCGGACGGAGUUCUAAAAUGGCUAUUCAUGUUGAUUUGAAUGAAAAACGAAGGGGGCAGAUCACUGUCAGGACAAGCAGCUCCGAGCAACUCCAAAUUGUACUCUUUAGCAUCCUUCCGACGAUUGCAGGCUUCAUCUUUAGGCGCAUCUGUCCUAGGUUUGAUUUGAAAAAUUCAGAGGAUGUCUAGGUGUUCUUUUCCUCUGUUGUUGAUUUUUCGGAUGGGGUGAGCGCUCAUAAUAACCAAACUACUACCCUUCAUGCUAACGUUUCAGUAUGCAGUUCUUUUAGCUUAUUUUAGCAGGUGUUAUGAAGUGUAACAUUAGAGACAUGAAACCCACUUAGGUCUUUGGAUUGUUUCUUAGUUUAGUUACAUAGGUUCUCAGGAUCUCACCUUAGAUUCAAACAUAGUCUUAGUUAUGAUGAUGCAUUCAUGCAAAA